AUGAAAAUCAUCGAAAUUCUAUUACUCCUUUUAAUUGUCUUUUCAGUGUUCUCACAAGCUACUUCUUCAACUGAUCCAAUAACUUUCCAAAAGUAAAAUCAUAAAUUAAUUUUUUCUAGCUGGCUCUGGAUUUUCAGGCUCCUCAUAAGGUACCCCUACUAGCCAACAAAGAUAAUAAAAUACAUCAGGGUAAAUUAUAAUAUUUUAUGAUUUUAGGUGGCUAGUAACCAGGAGGCUCAUAACAUGUGGUUAGUAAGGUGGCUCAUAGAAAAGAGGAAAGACCAAGAAAUGCUUACCAACAUAAUCAUAAGCAAAUGGAAAUUAAUAGAGUUAAUAAAAAGUAUAAUAAUUAUCAACUUAAUAAAUUCUAUCUGGAAAUCAAUUACCAAGAACUUAAACAACUCAAUAAUAACCUGCUCCUACUGGAAAAUGAUAAUAACCAACUCGAACAUAAUAACCAAGUUGAUAAAUGGGAUAAUUCGGUCAAGGGAUAAGGAACAACUAAGAACCUCCUUAAUUAAAAGGAUAAUGGAAUGAAGAUUCAAAAUAAUAAGAACGAUGUGUUGUGUUGA